AUAAUAAUAAUAAUAAAACAUUUUCUAAUAAUUUCCACUUUCCCCACUGGUUCUCUCUCUCUCCCCAGAACAAAAGGAAGGGCGGGAUGUUCCACAGUAGCAGACUGAUCUUCUAAUCACUCAAUGGACAGAUUCUUGAUUUGAAUGAUUGUUGUGGAGGAGGAGAAAGGAAUAAGAAGAUGCUCAAGCACACAAUUCGAAGCUUGAAAAAAAGAUUGAGCUCUAUUUCAACUACGAACACACCAAGAGAGGAGGUCGAUUGUGUGGUGAUAGGAGCAGGUGUGGUGGGCAUAGCAGUGGCAAGAGAGCUUGCUCUCAAGGGCAGAGAGGUAUUAGUGGUGGAUUCCGCCUCGAAUUUUGGCACUGGUACCAGCUCUCGCAAUAGCCAAGUCAUUCACGCCGGCAUCUAUUACCUGCCCAAUUCCCUCAAGGCAUUGUUCUGUGUGAGGGGAAGAAAAUUGCUCUAUUCUUAUUGCUCUGAACAUGGGAUUCCGCACAAACAGACGGGCAAGCUCAUAGUUGCCACUUCAUCUUCGGAGAUUCCAAACCUGUAUCAGCUAAUGAAUCGUGGUGCUCAAAAUGGGGUGGAUGGCUUGAGGAUGUUGGAGGGUUUUGAAGCCAUGAAAAUGGAACCUCAAUUGCAAUGCCUCAAGGCUUUAUUGUCCCCUUUUUCUGGGAUUGUUGAUGUGCAUUCUCUUAUGCUGUCUUUAAUGGGAGAAGCUGAAAGUCAUGGGGCAACCUUCUCUUACAAUUCUACAGUCAUUAGUGGCCAUCUUGAGGAUAACCGUCUGCAUCUUCAUAUAGUGGGAAGCAAUCAUCUUGACAGCUGGGAUGGAAAGUCUCCAUUGCCCCUGGAGCUUAUCCUUAUUCCUAAGCUUGUUGUGAACUCUGCAGGAUUGAGUGCCCUUCCUCUUGCAAGGAGAUUUAAUGGCCUCAAUAGUGGUAUAAUUCCUCCAGCACAUUAUGCUCGCGGUUGCUAUUUCACCCUUUCGAAUACUAGAGUCCCUCCUUUCCAGCAUUUGAUAUACCCUAUACCUGAGGAUGGAGGCCUUGGAGUGCAUGUUACUCUGGAUUUGGAUGGCCAGAUUAAGUUUGGCCCAGAUGUUGAGUGGAUUCAUGGUGUAGAUGAUAAAUCAAGCUUUCUAGAUAAGUAUGACUAUUCUGUUAGUGCUAGUCGUGCAGAGAGAUUUUACCCAGAGAUAAGAAAGUACUAUCCAAAUCUGAGGGAUGGAUCGUUGGUGCCUGGUUACGCAGGGAUUCGACCAAAAAUUACUGGUCCUGGACAAUCUCAUAUUGACUUUGUAAUUCAAGGAGAAGAUAGUCAUCAAUUGCCUGGUCUUGUCAACCUUUUUGGAAUUGAGUCACCCGGUCUAACAUCAAGCCUGGCAAUUGCAGAAUAUAUAGCUGCCAGAUUCUUGAAAUGAUAUAACUUAAGUUGGAGAUUUGAUUUCAAAUCUUUCUACCAAGAUGUCAUUAUCGAAUCAGAUUCACUUAUUUUAGUUCGAGCUUUGCAAAGUUCAGCAGUGGAUCUUUCUUAUUUUGGUGAAAUAGUUAAUGAUUGUAAAGCCCUAAUAGGCUCUUCUGCUUCUAUUAGCUGCUGUUUUGUGAAAAAAAUCAGUGAAUCAAGCUGCUCACGUGUUGGCUAGGGCAGCUGGUUCUUUGUCUAAAAAGGAUAUUUGGGGUUCUUCUCCUCCAUCUAUCCUCCAUGAUGUACUGUUGUUUGAUUCCAGUAAUUAAACCUUUCACUUGGCUUGUUUAAAAAAAAAAAAAAUCCACAAUUGUACAGUUCUUUGAACGGUAUUCUUCAAUGAUUCCUAAAAUCUUUUUAAUUUGGCUGUA